AUGGACCAGGAUGAAGUAAACAAAUCUGAUAACAAACCUUCUGAAACUGAAAGUGAAACUAAAAAUAAAAUUAUCAAGAAAACAAAAAUUCCACCAAUUAUAAUUCAAACCACAAUUGAUGACAUAGGAUUCUUUAUCAACCUCAUACACGAAGUAACCUCAGGCGACCCUGUGUUUACUAGAAAUAAGGAAUCUACAAAAAUUACUAUUUUACCUGAUGCAGAAGAAGAUCAUAUGAAAAUUCAACAAUUAUUGAAAGCCAAAGAAAUACCUUACUACACUUUUGAGAAAAAGGAAGAGAAACCUGUCAAAAUGGUACUACGAGGACUAGCCUUUUUUGCAGAUGAAAACGUUAAAUCACUGCUUGAACAAGGAAUUAAAGCAGAAGUAAUUAAAAUGAAACAAAGAAGUGAUCUCCAAAACUACAAUCCCUUGUUCUUAGUGACAUUAGGCAAAAGUGUUAAAAUCAGUGAUGUGUACAAAGUGAAAAGUGUGUGUUAUAUGAGAGUUUCUUGGGAGAAAUUUAAAAACAAACAAAUCACCUUUGCCACAUCCUGA